GUGAUAUUUCAGUUAUCUGUUGCUAAGUAACAAACCACCCUAACUUAGUGGCUUAUAAAAGUGAUGAUUUGUUACUUUUGUGAUUCUGUGGGCUUCCGGGGGGUCUUUCUGCUGGUCCUACCUCAGCUCUCCCUUGUGGCUGCAGGUCCCUGGCAGCCAGGCUGGCUGGAAUGUUCGAGCUGACCUCACUCACACAUGUGGCAGCAGAUGCCAAGAGGCUGGGACAGUUGGUGCCUCUUCAUGUGUCUUCUCAUCCCCCAGUAGAGAACUUUUACAGCAGAACACGGAGCAGAGUGGCCUGCCAGAAGGGGAAGAAUGUCCAUUCACAGAAAGAAGCGGCGGCUGCAGCAGGUGUGUGCAGCUGUGACCAGGGGACAGGCACAAAGACGUCUAUUGCAGCACAGUUGGGCCCGAACCUUCAAAGUUCAAGGAGGGAAAUGGAUGACUCCACAGGGGAGCAGUCACGCCUUUCUCGCCUUAAGACCAGAGACGAAAUGAAACUGAAGGCGACAGUCUCCAUCCUCCCCCAGAAGGAAAGCCCCUCCGUCCGCUUCUCCAAAGAUGGAAAGCUGCUGGCCGUGACUCUGCUGCUGGCCCUGCUGUCCUGCUGCCUCACGGUGCUGUCCUUCUGCCGUGUGGCUUCCCUGCAAGCGGAGCUGGGAAGGCUCCGGGCGGAGCUGCGGGAGCUGCCCGGCGCCCCCCAGGCGGGAGCCGCAGCCCCCGGGGCCGCCCUGCAGGAGGCUGCAGCCACCACCUCCGCCCUGAAAGGGAGCUUUGCGCUACCAGCUCCAGGAGAAAGCAACUCCAGCCAAAGCAGCAGGAGUAAGCGUGGCCUGCAGGAUGCAGAAGAAACAGUCACUCAAGACUGCUUGCAAUUGAUUGCAGACAGUGACACGCCUACCAUACGAAAAGGAGCUUACACAUUUGUUCCGUGGCUUCUCAGCUUUAAAAGAGGAAGAGCCCUAGAAGAAAAAGAGAACAAAAUAUUGGUCAAAGAAACGGGUUACUUCUUUAUAUACGGGCAGGUUUUGUACACCGAUAACACCUUUGCCAUGGGACACCUAAUACAGAGGAAAAAAGUCCAUGUCUUUGGGGACGAAUUGAGUCUGGUGACUUUGUUCCGAUGUAUUCAAAAUAUGCCUGAAACACUACCCAAUAAUUCCUGUUAUUCAGCUGGCAUCGCAAAGCUGGAGGAAGGAGAUGAACUCCAACUGGCAAUACCACGCGAAGAUGCUAAAAUAUCCCGGGAUGGAGACGGCACGUUUUUUGGUGCGCUGAAACUUCUGUGACCUACUUACACACCUUGGUGUGGCUGUUUUCCUCCCUUUCUUUGUACCUCUAAAGAGAAAACACUUAACUGGAAAUACUAAAAGGAAAAAAAUAAAAGGUAGUUACCAUAGCCUGGUUUGCUGAAACUAGACCAAAACAGGAAAUUUAACAGACAACCACAGCCAAAGGGUGUCAUGUGAAUUACAAGAACUAGAGCCCGUUUAAGGAAAAAUAGAACUAGGAAGACUUUUCACUAUAAUGCCAUGUUGAACACCUUAGUCAUAGUUUCUUACCUUGGAAGAAGCACAAGAUUCAAAGGGGCAGUAAUCAUUUCUUCAAAAAUGGUAUCCCACUGUUUGCUAUGGAACAGCGCCCAUGCCUGUAGGACAUUAAGACAUUUGGGGGAAAUCUCAGGAUUUAUCCUCUAUUUUUAUGUUAAAUACCGUUUCUCCUUUUUCAGUUAAUAUUGAG